AUGUUCGUGUCCGACGAAGAGGUGGGUCACACUUUCGCCUAUUGGUACAAGAGGUACGGACCGGUCAUCAGGGAUUCGGUCUUGCUGGAUAGCGAGAAGCGCGAUUUGAUCCUCAUAAAGCUGGACGAGGAUGCAUAUCGCAAAUAUGCGGAUGACAUACUGCCGAAACAACCGCACGAGAUCGAUUUCGAGACGACGGUCGCGAAGCUGGAGAAGCUUUUCGCGUCAAAGAAGACGCUGAUUCGACGACGGUACGAGUGUCUCAAGAUAAACUGCCCGCCGCUGACGGCCAGUUGUGUACCAACUACGCGAACAUGA